AUGUCUGAGAGAUUUAAGUCUCAUAUUGAUGAAUGGAUUUCCUUUGCAACUCGAAAUCGUGUUUCUGAGCUUGAACUCGACUUCGGUGGUUGGCCUAGACAUGAAGGUUUUGACAAUUAUCAUGUUCCUCUCCAUGUGUUUGCACGAGAAGAGAUGAUGUUAUUAAAUCGUUCCUCUCCCAAUGUUAGAAGCUUUGUGUCUUUAAGAGAUCUCCGACUUAGGUCUGUAAACCUUUCAGACCAAGUAUUUGACAUAAUUUUAUACAAUUGUUCCUCUCUAGAAAAUUUUCAUUUGACGCAUAAUUGUGGGCUAGUUAAUGCUAAGAAUACAGCUCCUCACCUAAAGCUGAAAUCACUGAAGCUGCAGGGUUGUUAUGACUUAAAUAAAUUGGAACUUUUGGCCCCAAAUCUUGUGUCAUUCAUGUAUGAAGGAGGUUAUAAGGUAAGAUUAUGUAUUAAGGAUGCUCCACAGCUUGCAUCCCUGUGCCUAUCAGUUGAAACUGGUUUAAAAUCAGAUAUGCACCCGAUAUUUCCUAGAGGAAAAAACUUUAUUUUCAACCAGUUCUCCUCUUAUCUCCCUAAGCUGGAAUCUAUGGUUGUCUCAGUUGCUCUUUUUGAGGAUAUGAGUAAUUUUAUGGAACUUUGUGUGUUUAGCAAUCUAAAAACUCUGGCGUUGGAUGCAAAUUCAUCUUCAAUACGACUAUGUUGCCAAGUAGCGGCUUUUAUAAUCAGUGCAGCCCCAUACUUGGAGCUACUUGAGCUACAUCUUUCACCAACAAGAGCUUCUCUCAAGGAAAUGGAAGCACUAGAAUUGCCGUCUAUGUCUCCACAUAAGAACCUUAAAGAGGUCAAGUUGUCUGGCUUUAGAGCCGAUGUAUAUACCAUAGACUUUCUUGCCUAUCUUGUUGAAUGCACCGAUUCUCUCCAGAAGAUUAAUCUCAGUGCAUAUGCUACUGAUAGGUCUGGAGAUGAGUUGUUUGUGCAAAACCGUUUAAAAUGGAGGGCAGAUGAGGCUGAAAAUUGCAAGAUAUGUGUGCAGGAACUCAGGAAAAUAUUGUAUACAAAUGUCCAGCUGAUAUUUCAUGAUUAGUAGUGGCUGAAUUGUCCACUUAUUUUUUUUUUAUUAUUUAACUAAAAUAUAAAAAUACUGUAAAUUUAGCAUUUAUUUGUGUUUUCUGCUUAUAGAAUUAUGUAAUCAGCCAGUGCCAAAAUUGUUUCAAUAAUUACCCUUUUAUAUUA